AUGCUAAAAAUUAUUAUCCCUACAGCCAUACUAAUUCCCCUUGCAUGACUAUCAAAACACAGCAUAAUCUGAAUUAACUCAACAGUAUAUAGCCUCCUAAUCAGCCUCCUAAGCCUCCCACUCCUUAAUCAAUUCAACGACAAUAGUCUAAACACUUCACUCAUGUUUUUUUCCGACUCCCUAUCAGCACCUUUACUAAUAUUAACUAUGUGAUUACUACCACUCAUACUAAUCGCCAGCCAGCACCAUCUAUCCAAAGAAUCACUUACCCGAAAAAAACUAUUUAUUACCAUGCUAGUUCUACUCCAAGUAUUCUUAAUCAUAACUUUCACUGCCACAGAACUAAUUAUAUUCUAUAUCCUAUUUGAAGCAACACUUCUUCCUACCCUAAUUAUUAUUACACGCUGAGGAAAUCAAACAGAACGGUUGAACGCAGGCCUUUACUUCUUAUUCUACACGCUAGUGGGGUCUCUCCCCCUUCUAGUAGCACUAAUAUAUAUCCAAAACCUUGUAGGGUCCCUAAAUUUCCUACUAAUAGGGUACUGAAUAAAACCUCUAUCCACCACCUGAAGCAACGUAUUUCUAUGGUUAGCAUGCAUGAUGGCAUUCAUAGUAAAAAUACCCCUCUAUGGGCUCCACCUCUGACUACCAAAAGCACAUGUAGAAGCCCCCAUUGCCGGCUCAAUGGUCUUAGCCGCCAUCCUACUAAAAUUAGGCGGCUAUGGCAUACUACGAAUUACAAUUGCACUAACCCCCGUAACCAGCUCUAUGGCAUACCCAUUCCUAAUAUUAUCCCUCUGAGGAAUGAUCAUAACCAGCUCAAUUUGCCUGCGCCAAACUGACCUAAAGUCUCUCAUCGCAUAUUCCUCUGUUAGCCACAUAGCUUUGGUCAUUGUAGCAGUCCUAAUCCAAACACCAUGAAGCUAUAUAGGAGCAACAGCCCUAAUAAUCGCCCACGGCCUCACCUCCUCAAUACUAUUUUGCCUAGCAAACUCCAACUACGAGCGCAUCCAUAGCCGAACUAUAAUCCUAGCCCGAGGACUACAAACUAUCUUUCCCCUAAUAGCGGCCUGAUGACUACUAGCAAGCCUCACUAAUCUGGCCCUACCACCAACAAUUAACUUAAUCGGAGAACUAUUCGUAGUCAUAGCAACAUUCUCAUGGUCUUCUACUUCCAUUAUUCUCAUAGGUACCAACAUCGUCAUUACUGCCCUCUACUCUCUAUAUAUACUUAUUACAACUCAACGAGGAAAACAAACACACCACAUUAACAACCUCCCUCCCUCCUUUACCCGAGAAAAUAUACUCAUAGCCAUACAUCUGCUACCACUACUUCUCCUAUCCAUCAACCCCAAAAUCAUCCUAGGACCCCUAUACU